AUGAUUACAGAUACGACACUUACAGUCUUGUGCAAUUCAUUAGGAGGAGUUGUAAUGGCAUUAAUUUUCGCUUACCACUUUGUGGUAAUAAAUUCUAAAGAUAAUUCCAACAAUUCUAAAUCUAAAGACAAAAAUGUUUCAGAGCCUAUCAAAGAAAAUAAAACUCCCGAAACUUCCAAGGAAAAGAAACUUUCAGAACCUUCCAAAGAAAAGAAACGUGUUUCUACAUAG